AUGGCAACCUUGAACGCACCACCGAACGUUUACGAUGAGGAAGGCACCGUGUUGUAUCGUGCUGUUCCUUCAAACUUAAUUAGUGACGAUGAGCCGAUCACGGCUGCAGCGGUUAAUGCUGCUACAGCCGCCGCCGCGGGCCAAGAGGCGCCCACCAUUCCCACCACCAAUAGACAAAAGUUCGGGCAAACGCAAAGCGGGGUUGCCGGCACACGAGACGCCAUUCAGUCGGAUGGGGGACCAGUGCGACUCACUCAGGAAAGUUUAACUCCAGUAAAAGCCCUCGCCAAAUUGUUUCCCCCCGUGCCACUCAACGUGCCGGGACACGAUAAGGAUCGUACCAAUACCCGCGGGCAGGAGCAGGAAUGUGCAUGGAUGAAGGCUGCUGCCGUUGAUCACACGAGCCGUUUGGACUGUGUUCACCUUCAGGAACACUUGGAGCGGCGCUGUCAACAGGAGCAUGCACGUCCCUCUGGAGUGGUAUGCACUAUUCGGGAGGGGAUAUACGCAGAUGGAAUGCGGGAGGUUAUUCGACAGGUGACUGUGCUCUGUCCGGAACGUGGGUUGCUGCUAGCCGAAUUGGCGGAGGAGAUGCAGCAAACAACAAAUACGUACGAUAUUCUGUUUGAUAGUGCCUCUCAAUAUACCGUACGAAAGGCCAUUGAGCGUGAUUUGAGAAGCUAUCUAUUCAAGGAGAAAGAAUGGAUGGAAAGCGAGGUGCGUCGACUCGAGAAUCGUGUGAAUGAGUUACGAGCAAAGCACAAUGGGAUGCUGAAGCGCUUCGAGGAGCAGAAGCAGUCCGAACAGAAGAUCCACGAGGAGGAAGUGAAGUAUCUGAGAAAAGCCAAUCAGCAGAUUAUCAAUGAGAUUAAAAGAUUUGCCGCUGUAGAGAAGAGUAGUACCCCGACACCAGGCAUGUGA